AUUUUUAAAAUUUUCUUACAAUUCUUGAAUUAAAAUUGUUCAGCCCAACAUUAGUUUAUAUCAAAUUUUCUAAAUCAACUUCAACUUAAUUUACAUACAAAGUUGAUUUUGUAUGGAAAUUGAGUUGCAUUUAAAGUCAUUUUCAUUUUGACAUUAAUUAAGUUAAGCGAUGUUUCAAAAAAUAUAAAACGACAAACAGAAAAUGAAACUAAUUUUAGGUGGAGGUGUCAGUGGUUUAUCAGCCGCAUAUUACUUAUCACAACGAAUAUCUCCAUCAAAAAUAUAUCUAGUGGAAGCCUCAAAUCGUUUUGGUGGUUGGAUCCAAUCCAAACAAAAUGGGAACGUACUUUUUGAACUAGGACCACACACAAUUCGUCCGAAAGGUGAACCUGGUGCAAAUACAUUACAAUUAAUCGAACAAUUAAAUUUAUCAAAUGAAGUUAUACCAAUUCACACGAAUCAUCCAGCAGCGAAGAAUCGUAUGAUAUACGUUAACAAGGAACUGCAUUUGUUGCCAUCGAAUUUAUAUGGAGCAUUAAUUAAACGAAAACCAUUCUCAAAGCCAUUGUUAAUGUCGGUUCUGAGUGAAUUAUUUCAACCUCAAAAACAAAUUCCAGAUGGUGAUGAAUCAAUUUAUGAUUUUAUCGAACGUCGUUUUGGAAAAGAUGUUGCCGAAUACGCUAUAAGUCCGUUAAUAUGUGGUAUUUGUGCAGGAGAUGCUAAAGAGAUUAGUGUUCAUUUUUUGGCUAAAAGUUUAUUUGAAUUAGAACAAAAACAUGGUGGUAUUAUUAAAGGUACAAUCAAAGAAUUAUUCCAAAAUUCAAAGAAAAAUAAAAUUGAAUUAUGUAACUUAGCUAAACGAGCUAAAUCGGAGAAAUGGAGUGUUUAUUCAUUAAAAAGUGGUUUAGAAACAUUACCCUUAACACUAGUUAAUAAUUUACAAGAAAAAAAAGUGAAUUUAAUAAAAAAUUCACCGUGUACAAGUUUAGAAUUUCAUGAUAAUAAAAUUUUUGCAAAAUUUAAAGAUCAAAGUUUAAUAUCAGAUCAUGUAAUUAGUUCAUUAUUAGCUAAUAAAACAGCACCAUUAGUGGAAAAACAACAUCCAGAAUUGGCUGAAUACUUGUAUGGAAUACCAUCGGUAACUGUAGGAGUUGUAAACAUUGAAUUUAAAGGAGCCAUAAAAAACGAUAAAUUAAACGCAUUUGGAUUUUUGGUUCCACCAUCGCAACGUAUACCAAUUUUAGGUAUAAUUUUUGAUUCAUGUUGUUUUCCAUCAAAUGAUUCAACUGUAUUUACUGUAAUGAUGGGUGGUAAAUGGUUUGAAGAAUAUUUUGGUACAGAUCCAAGUGAACAAUCACUGUUAGAUGUUUCCAAAAAAUAUAUUCAAGAAAUUUUAAAUAUUCACAAUGAAUGUGAAUCGUAUGAAGUGAAUAUUUUGAAAGAUUGUAUCCCACAAUAUACAGUUGGACAUGUACAGCGAAUACAAAACAUUUAUAAAUAUAUUGAUAAACAUGAUAUGCCUUUAACUUUAUGUGGCACAUCGUAUUCUGGUGUUGGAGUUAAUGAUGUUAUUUUAUCAGCUAAGAAUGCUGUUCAAAAAGUUCUUUAAUUUCAUUUAAUUUUAGUAUAUUACUUUGUUAUCUGG